UCUUUGCUCCAAGAAUCAAUCUUUACCCCAAUUCCAUGGAAGCGACCCAACUCGACCCCAUUUUCCAAGACUCCGAUCAAGCCCAACACCCAAACCCAGAUCUCAAAGAUUCUUCAAUGGACGAGGACGACGAGUCGUUGGUUGAUUCCAUGCUCUGCGACCACGGUUCCAGACUCAUUCCUACUGGAUUUACAAAACCCAACUCCACUUCAGGUGAAUGUGUGAUGUUUGUGAAUGCUGGGACUGAGGCUUUGUUUGAGUCGGACUCUGGUGUGACAUUUCUGGGUGACAGUUAUUUUGUGGGAGGGAAUGUAUUGAGAACCAAUGAACAGAUAACUGAUGCUGGGGAUUAUCCUUACAUCUAUCAAUCGGCACGAGUAGGGGAUUGCUGCUACCGGUUCAAUUAUCUUCCUCCCGGGGAGUACUAUAUCGAUUUACAUUUUAUCGAGAUCAUCAACACGAAUGGGCCUAAAGGAAUGAGGGUGUUUAAUGUGUUCAUCCAGGAAGAAAAGGUCUUAUCAGACUUUGAUAUCUUUGCUAUUGCUGGGGCCAAUAAGCCCUUGCAAUUGGUGGAUUCAAGGGUCUCGGUGAAGGAGGAUGGAUUAGUUGUAAUAAGAUUUGAAGGGGUUGUUGGGAGCCCGCUAGUUAGUGGUAUUGGCAUUAGGAGAUCGCCUAGUGAUUCAGUUACAGGAAAGACUGUGGAACUUCUAAAAUGUAACAAGUGUGAUGCUGAAAUAGAAGUACAAGUGUCUUCGGCUCAGAAGAAAUUAAUGCAAAAGAAAUCUACUGCUAAAUAUGAGAAGAAGAUACAAGAGCUUAGUACAAGAUGUGAGCUUAAGGCAAAAGAAUGCUACGAGGCAUGGAUGUCCUUAACCGUAGCAAAUGAACAGCUGGACAAGGUCAGGAUGGAACUAGACAACACAGCAUACAAGACAUUGACUCAAGAUCAAGCCAUGCAGAAACAGGCUGAAGAUAUCAGGAAUCUGUCUAUUAAGUAUGAGCAUGACAAGAACUACUGGGCAUCAGCAGUCAAUGAUUUACAACUGAAAAUAAAGCUGAUGCAAAAGGAGCAUUUGCAACUUUCUCAAUCAGCACAUGCAUGUGCUGAUUCAAUUCCUGAACUGAAUAACAUGAUUUCUGCAGUGCAAGGAUUAGUUGCGGAGUGUGAAGAUCUUAAAAUGAAGUACAAUGAAGAGCAAGUAAAAAGAAAGAAGCUUUUUAAUGAGGUUCAGGAGGCCAAAGGAAAUAUUAGGGUUUUUUGUCGCUGCCGCCCAUUAAGUAAGGAAGAAAUAACGGCUGGGUGUAAAGCAGUGGUAGACUUUGAGGUAGCACAGGAUGGAUGUCUUGGCUUCCUAGCAGGUGGCUCCACUAAGAAAUCCUUCAAGUUUGAUCGAGUUUACACACCAAAAGAUGAUCAAGCCGAUGUUUUUGUGGAUGCUUCUCCAAUGGUGAUUUCAGUUCUAGAUGGUUACAACGUGUGCAUAUUUGCUUACGGGCAAACAGGGACAGGAAAGACAUUUACAAUGGAGGGCACUGAGAAGAAUAGGGGAGUCAACUAUAGGACGCUUGAGCAGUUGUUUGAAAUUGCAAAUGAAAGAAGGGAAACUUUUACGUACGACAUAUCUGUUAGUGUACUGGAAGUUUACAAUGAGCAAAUCAGGGAUUUGUUAGAUACAUCACCACAUCCAUCAAAGAAGUUGGAGAUAAAACAGACUUCGGAAGGGUCUCAUCAUGUUCCAGGAAUAGUAGAAGCAAAAGUCAAAAGUAUUAAGGAAGUGUGGAGAGUACUGCAAGCCGGAAGCAAUGCCAGGGCUGUAGGAAGUAAUAAUGUCAAUGAGCAUAGCAGCCGCUCUCACUGCUUGCUUUGCAUAAUGGUAAAAGCAAAGAACUUGCUAAAUGGCGAGAGCACAAAGAGCAAGCUGUGGUUAGUGGAUUUGGCAGGCAGUGAAAGGCUUGCAAAAACUGAUGUACAAGGAGAACGAUUAAAGGAAGCUCAAAAUAUUAACAGAUCCCUUUCAGCUCUCGGAGAUGUGAUAUCUGCCCUUGCAAAUAAAAGUGGUCACAUUCCAUACAGGAACUCCAAGUUGACGCAUUUACUUCAAGAUUCGUUAGGUGGUGACUCUAAAACUUUGAUGUUUGUGCAAAUAAGCCCUUCGGACCAAGAUUUGGGUGAGACUAUGAGUUCUUUGAAUUUUGCAACACGGGUUCGAGGCAUUGAGUUGGGUCCUGUCAAGAAGCAAGUUGACACAAGCGAGCUCCAGAAAACAAAACUAAUGCUUGAAAGAGCCAGGCAGGAAGCAAGAUCCAAAGAUGAUUCUCUUAGGAAGCUAGAAGAGAGCUUACAAAAUCUGGAGAGCAAGAACAAAGGAAAAGACCAGAUCUACAAAAGCCAACAAGAAAAGAUUAAAGAUCUUGAAGGGAAGCUUGAGUUGAAAUCAGCCUUGCAUAUCCAAUUAGAGAAGCAAGUUUCACAACUUUCAGAUAGAUUAAGGGGAAAGGAAGAAACCUGCAGCUGUCUUAAACAAAAGGUUGAACAGUUGGAGGCUGAUCUUAGACAACAACAGAAGGCAGAGUCAGAAUCUGCAAAUUUGCGACAAAAGGUUAAGGAUCUUCAAAGCAAGCUGAAUGAGCAAAUGCAGGAAUCUGACUUUCUUUCUACCACUCUUCAGCAUAAGGUGAAGGAGCUGGAGAUGAAAUUGAAAGAGGAGGAACAAAAAGCAGACCCUUCAUCACUUCACCAGAAGAUUAAGGAACUGGAACAUAAGCUGAGGGAGCAAGAGAAACAGUUCACUGAAGAUAAGUUCUCACUGGUGCAAGAGAAGCAGUUACUUGAACAGAAGUUAAGAGAGCUAGAAAAGAAGCUAGUUGAAGACAAGUUGAGGGGGCAAGAGAACCAGUUGCAGUGUACUCGUGUUUUGACUGAGGCGGUAAGGGCGACUCCUCAGGAAGGAAAAGCUCAUGUAAGAGAUGAAAUAAUGAAUGAUGUUGAUCCUUGUAUCUUAAGGACUUCAAAUUCAGUAAACCGCCGGAUGAGCCAAGGAUCCACCUUACUGAAAGGAACCGAUUCUCUCCAUGAGAAAAGAAGGAAACGAGAGUUCAGAAGAGGCGAGACGGAGAACUUCCACAGGCUGUCGAUUUCUUUAUAUGAUAACAAAUCUAGGAAAUCUGAUCCUCCUAAGAUUGCAAGAAUCACAAGACCAGCAAAGCCAGUUACUGCCACUCAAGGUCCCUUGAUUCAUAAGAGGAUUAACAGAGAUCAGGUUCAAGUCAAGGAGAGGGAUACUAAGAGGAAAAUCUGGUCAUGAUAAUGUGCUGCACAUUUUCUUUUUAUUAAUAUGUAGUUAUGGACAACUUACACAUGCACAAUAUAGAUAGUAACCUUG